GGGGGGGGGGGGGGGGGAAUGCAAAAAGGAAUUCCCGGGUCCAAUUUACUAGGCGGUAAUCCGCCCCGACGUCACACGCGAUGACGCCAAUCUCCCACUGCGCAAGUCACUUUCUGUCAGCAGCAGCAGCAGGGGCAGCUAAUGCUCACACUGAGUGAGGCGGCGCCCAAUUUACGGUUAUGCUCGUGAACGUUCAAUGGCUGACAAGAAAUAUUAGUACUGUUCCUAAGAGCAGAAUGGCAGCGGCGGCCCCCAACCCGGAGGACUCGGCCCGGAGUAGUAGUAGUAGUGGUGGUAAUAGCAGCAGCAGCGGCGGCAGUGGUGGGAGUAGCGGCGGCGGCGUUUGCGGCACCCCGAGCUCACUGGCCGCGGACGGCGACGCGGAAGAGGCCGAGGACUUCGCGUCGUCCUCCCACUGCUCGGAGCUGUCGCGGCGGCAGAACGAGCAGCGCAAGCAAGGCAUGUUCUGCGACGUCACGCUCGCCUUCAGCAGCGGCGCCGCGGCCGGCGGCGUUCAGACGUGCGAGUUCGCGGCCCACCGCUCGGUGCUGGCAGCCGCCACGGACUACUUCACGCCGCUGCUGGGCGGACAGUUCUCCGAGUCGCUGUCCGGCCGCGUUGACAUGAAGGAGUGGAGCUCGGAGAUGGGACCCGAUCCCGAGACGGUGGAGAGCGUCAUCCAAUACAUGUACACCGGGGAGAUUCGUGUCAGCACCUGCAAUGUGCAUGAAGUCCUGGAGCUGGCUGACAGGUUCCUACUGGUGCAGUUGAAGGACUUCUGCGGCGAGUUCCUGAAGAAGAAGCUGAGCCUGACCAACUGCGUGGCGGUGCACAGCCUGGCGCACAUGUACACGCUGGACCAGCUGGCCCUGCGGGCGGCUGACAUGAUCCGCCGCAACUUCCACAAGGUGAUCCAGGACGAAGAGUUCUACACGCUGCCCUUCCAUCUGGUGCGCAACUGGCUGUCGGACGCCGAGAUCACGGUGGACUCCGAGGAGGUGCUCUUUGAGGCGGUGGUCAAGUGGGUGCAGAAGCUUCCCGAGGAGCGCGGCGGCUACUUCGAGGAGCUCUUCCGCCUGCUCAGGCUGCCCCAGAUUAAGCCCACCUACCUGACGCGGGUGGUGAAGAACGAGCGGAUGGUGGCGGCCAACGAGGCGUGCAUGCGGCUGGUGUCGGAGGCAGUGGAGGGUUACGCCAUCCGCUUUGAGAACUUCAAGUUGGCCGACCUGGAGCUGUGGUCCUCGUACGUGGUGUCUUUCCAGCCGCGCUUCGGCCAGAACAUGGACGUCAUCAUGGUGGUGGGUGGCGUGUCGGAGGGCGGGGACUACUUGAGCGAGUGCGUGGGCUACUUCAUCUAUGAGGACCGCUGGGUCAACCUGCCGCACAUCCACAACCACCUGGACGGCCACGCGAUCGCCGCCACCGACUCGCACGUCUAUGUGGCCGGCUCUAUGGAGCCGGGCUUCGCCAAGACGGUGGAGCGCUACAACCCCAACUGCAACACCUGGGAGCAGGUGAGCAACCUGACCACCCGCAAGCACUCCUUCGGUCUCACCUGCAUCAAGGACAUCCUGUACAGCAUCGGCGGCCACGGCAACUUCAGCCCAGGCUUCAAGGAUGUCAGUGUGUACGAGCCCGAGCAGGACAAAUGGCACAACCUGGAGUCGGCGCCCAAGAUCCUGCGCGACGUGAAGGCGGUGAGCGUGGAAGACCGCUACGUGUACGUGACGGCGCGCACGCCCGUCGACACGGACAAAGACGACGGGCUGAAGACGGUGACCACCCGCUACGACACGGACAGCCACCAGUGGCAGGACGUGGACUCGCUACCCCUCAUCGACAACUACUGCGUCUUCCAGAUGGCCGUGGCCGCCACCAACUUCUACCACACGGCCUCUUGCUGCCCCAAGAGCUACAGCGUGCGGGAUGAGGUGGCCCGGCAGAAGAUCAGCGCCCGUGUCCCCGACGAGAUCCUGGAGAGUCUGCCGCCCGAGGUGACCAGCAUCGAGGGCGCCGCCAUCUGCCACUUCGACGACGACGUCUUCAUCAUCGGCGGCUGGAAGAAUAGCGACGACGUGGACAAGCAGUACCGCAAGGAGGCGUACCGCUACUGCGCCGAGCGCAGGCGCUGGAUGCUGCUGCCGCCCAUGCCGCAGCCGCGGUGCCGCGCUACCGCCUGCCACGUGCGCGUGCCCUACCGCUUCCUGUACGGCUGCCAGCGCUACCCCAUGCCGCAGAACCUGGCGCGCCAACGAGACCGCAUGCAGCAGAUGCAGCAGCUGCACCGCCGCACGCUCACCCUGCGCCGGCAGCUGCAGUCACAGAUCGAGUGCUGAGCUCUCGAUCGUCUGCGGACUCGUUCCAACUGCGUUUCCACCAAGUGGUGCGGUUCAGAUUGGUUUCCAUUAGUUGGUUUGCAUUCCGUUGAAUAAGUUUAUCAAUAUGUGAAAAGGACAGAAUAUUGCAUUUCAUAAUUGUAACACACAAGUGACUCAUUCCAACCACUUUUCCACCAAACGGGACGGUUCGGAUCCGUAAUUCAUUUCCUGUGCGUUUCCAUUUGUUAAAUGGCUCUCCUCGCAUUCGAUGGAUUUUUUUAUUUUUUUUUUUAUUUAGGAGUUUUUCUUCUUUAUGUAGACUGGAAAGGCAGUGUUACACUCUGGUAGGACCACGCAGGACGGGACAAGACUGGACAGAAUAGUACGGUAAAGUUUGUGAUAGGAGAAUAUUGCCGCAAAACGUAAUGCUGGAAAGGGUAGGCCCAGGAAAGGGUAUUGAAAAGUUAGGCAAAUAUUUUGUUUGUUUGUUUUUUUUACAGUGGAAACGCUGAAACCGGACCGAAGCGUACUGCGCGGUGGAAAUGCGGCUUUAUUAAAAUUCUGCUUCUGAAGUCGUCUUGUGAGCUCGCCCGCAUGGAACAGUCUCUAUCCUUAAAUCACCAGCCAGGACUGCGCCAUCCAUUUAUUCAUUUCAUUCAUUCGUAACAUGCUGCAGUGGACCAACGCCUUGUUCUGACCAAACUGAACGCUGAGCUGUGUUGUGGUGUCGGCCACUUCUUUUCGUAAGCCAUGAAUCGUAUGUAUGUAUGUGUUUUGUGAAGAGAUGCACCGAAUGUAUGUUAAUUAGAGCGGCAACAACGAAAUAAUAUCCUGAUGAGAUGUUUAUGUGUCUGUAUAUAAAUAACAUAAAGCUGUUUAUAUAGAUAUAUAUUUGACUGCUCUGUAGCUUUGUUCCAUUUGUAAACACUGUGACAAUCCCUGUUCAUGCAAGUGUGUCAACUCUUCGAGUGCCAUAACCGCUUCUGUGCAGCCUCCACUAUAACAGAUGCACUAAUGAGACAUCGUUCAUUCCCCACCUGAGACAAACUCGGCAAUGUACUCGCUGUAUUUGUUAAUUUCCCUGAAAGAUGCAAUGAAGGCAUUCCAGUUAUCUUUCUGUCUUACAAAGCCAGUCAUUCCUUUUGCGCCAAAAGAGCACUUUUGUUCCCAUCAUUUGUUAGUCUUAAGGGGUUUUAAGUUGCCGCUGCAUUUUGUUUGGUUUCUGAAAUAUGGUUCCACUUGAAAUAAAAUACAGCAAAUUGCAAACUCAA